GGCGGCGGCGGCGGCGGCGGCGGCGGAGAGGCGGCGGGGGCGAGCAUGGGGCGCCUGGCGCCGAGGCCGCUGCUGCUGGCGCUCGUGUGGCUGGCACUCUGCAGAGGGCGUGUGGUGAGAGUCCCCACGGGGAGCCUGGUGCGGGUGGUGGGCACCGAGCUGGUCAUCCCCUGCAACGUCAGCGACUACGACGGCCCCAGUGAGCAGAACUUUGACUGGAGCUUCUCGUCUUCGGGGACCGGCUUUGUGGAGCUGGCCAGCACCUGGGAGGUGGGCUUCCCAGCCCAGCUGUACCGGGAGCGCCUGCAGAGGGGCGAGAUCGCGUUGAGAAGGACCGCCAAUGAUGCUGUGGAGCUGCACAUAAAGAACGUUCAGCCCUCAGACCAGGGCCACUACAAGUGUUCGACCCCCAGCACAGAUGCCACCGUCCAAGGCAACUAUGAGGACACGGUACAGGUUAAAGUGCUGGCCGAUGCCCUGCGCGUGGGUGCCGGCCCGCCGCCCGCCCCGGACCUGAGCCUGCGCCUGGGCGAGCCGUUCGAGCUGCGCUGCGCGGCGUCCACGGCGUCCCCGCUGCACACGCACCUGGCGCUGCUGUGGGAGCUGCGGCGCGGCGCGGCCCGGAGGAGCGUGCUGGGCCUGAGCCACGACGGCCGCUUCCGCCCGGGGCCCGGCUACGAGCAGCGCUACCGCGCGGGCGACGUGCGCCUGGACACCGUGGGCGGCGACGGCUACCGCCUGUCGGUGGCGCGCGCGCUGGCCUCGGACCAGGGCUCCUACCGGUGCGUGGUCAGCGAGUGGAUCGGAGAGCAGGGCGGCUGGCAGGAGAUUCAAGAGAAGGCCGUGGAAGUGGCCACCGUGCUGAUCCAGCCCACGGUUCUACGAGCGGCCGUGGCCAGGAGUAUGUCUGUGGCUGAGGGAAAGGAGCUGGAUCUGACCUGCAACAUCACAACAGACCGAGCAGAUGACGUCCGACCUGAGGUGACAUGGUACUUUAGCAGGACACCGGAUGGCACUUUGCCUGGCUCCCUCAUGUUGGCACGGCUGGACCGGGAUUCCCUGGUGCAGAGCUCUCCCCACGUUGCUUUGAGUCAUGUGGAUGCACGCUCCUACCAUUUACUGGUUCGAGAUGUUAGCAAAGAAAACUCUGGCUACUAUUUCUGCCACGUGGCACUCUGGGCACCCGGACACAACAGGAGCUGGCACAAGGUGGCCGAAGCCAGGUCUGCCCCUGCCAGUGUGGACGUGACCAGGCUAGAACCAGACUACCAGGUGUACCUGAAUGCUUCAAAGGUCCCCGAGUUUUCAGACGACCUCACGGAGCUGGAGUGCCGGAUAGUGGACAUGAAGAGCUCUGAGGCCAGUGUCCGUUUCACAGUAUCCUGGUACUACAGGGUGAACCGGCGCAGUGAUGAUGCGGUGGCCAGUGAGCUGCUUGCGGUCAUGAACGGGGACUGGACUCUGAAGUAUGGAGACAGGAGCAAGCAGCGAGCCCAGGACGGAGACUUUAUUUUUUCUAAGGAGCACACGGACACGUUCAGUUUCCGGAUCCAAAGGACUACGGAGGAAGACAGAGGCAAUUAUUACUGUGUUGUGUCUGCGUGGACCAAACAGCGCAAUGACAGCUGGGUGAAGAGCAAGGAUGUCUUCUCCAAACCUGUCAACAUAUUUUGGGCAUCUGAAGAUUCUGUGCUCGUGGUGAAGGCAAGGCAGCCAAAGCCUUUCUUUGCUGCAGGGAAUACAUUUGAGAUGACUUGCAAAGUGUCUUCCAAGAAUAUUAAGUCGCCUCGCUACUCUGUUCUCAUCACUGCUGAGAAGCCUGUGGGGGACCUCACCAGCCCCAACGAAACCAAGUACAUCAUUUCCCUGGACCAGGAUUCUGUGGUGAAGCUGGAGAAUUGGACAGACGCAUCCCGGGUGGACGGCGUCGUGUUGGAGAAAGUGCAGGAAGAUGAAUUUCGCUACCGAAUGUACCAGACUCAGGUCUCGGAUGCAGGGCUAUACCGCUGCAUGGUGACAGCCUGGUCUCCUGUCAGGGGCAGCCUGUGGCGAGAAGCAGCCACCAGCCUCUCCAAUCCUAUUGAGAUUGACUUCCAAACUGCAGGGCCUAUAUUUAACGCCUCCGUGCAUUCGGACACACCGUCAGUCAUCCGGGGAGAUCUGAUCAGAUUGUUUUGUAUCAUCACUGUUGAAGGAGCACUGGAUCCAGAUGACAUGGCCUUUGACGUGUCCUGGUUUGCCGUGCACUCCUUCGGUCUGGACAAGGCUCCUGUCCUCCUAUCAUCCCUGGAUCGAAAGGGCAUCGUGACCACAGCCGAGAGAGACUGGAAGAGUGAGCUCAGCCUGGAGCGUGUGAGCGUGUUAGAAUUCUUGCUGCAGGUGCAUGGCUCUGAGGACCAGGACUUUGGCAACUACUACUGCUCUGUGACUCCGUGGGUAAAGUCCCCGACAGGCUCCUGGCAGAAGGAGGCAGAGAUCUACUCCAAGCCCAUCUUCGUGACUGUGAAGAUGGAUGUGCUGAACGCCUUCAAGUACCCGCUGCUGAUCGGCGUGGGCCUGUCCACUGUCAUCGGGCUCCUGUCCUGCCUCAUCGGGUACUGCAGCUCCCACUGGUGCUGCAAGAAGGAGGUGCAGGAGACGAGGCGCGAGCGCCGCCGGCUCAUGUCCAUGGAGAUGGACUAGGACCACAGCGGGGGGAGCGGCCACCGAGGCGGCGCAGGAGCGGUAUGGGCGGGAAGAGGACAGCAAGCUUUUCAUGCGAAGUGUGUGACACUAAAACCCAGUCCUCUCUAAUCUCAGGUGGGACCUGGCGCUCUCUCUCCUCUGCAUGUCCAGUCCUGAGCGCGGACACGUUUACCAGCACAUGGCUCUUCUUCCCACGGCACUUUCUGGUAGAACAAUCACGUGUGUGUCUUCCCAGCUGCGGCUUUUUAAUGGUUACCC